UGUGUGGAUAAGCCUCUCAUUACCUUAAACCACCAAAUAUCUCAGUCCAUAUACAUUUUUAUUCAUUCGCAAAUGCCGUAAAAUCACCUUGACCAGUUUAAGAUCACUGCAGCAGCACAUGGACUCAGAGAGCAUCAGUCUGUGUUACGGCAUCCUGGCAUGCGCAGUUUCCGCUCGCAUCCAAUAGCAGGCUGGUGCCGCACGGGCCAUGUGUCUGUCUCCCCACUGGGCUGCGGGACGAUGCGGUGGUUCUGAUCCAGGUCUGUGGGUUUGACGGAGGAUUUAACACAUUCUUCCGGCCUGGUUUUUAACUGUCUGAUUGUCAAGAUGGUGACCCCAGCCAUGCUUCUGUGUGCUCUCUCUUACUUCUUCUUAUCGGCCGCUGCAAUUAAACCCAGGAUAUUUGAACCCAGAAUUUUUGACAAGGAGGCCACAGGAUUUGGCCCUAUAUUUGAGGAGGAGCCUCUAGACACUGUGUAUGCAGAGGAUUCACCAGAGAACAAAAUCUCCAUGAAUUGCAGGGUGCGGGCCAACCCACCGGCCAUCAUCAAAUGGUGGUUAAACAACUGGGAAAUUAAACUGAUGGAACAGCCUGAUGAACACUUUAGCCUGGUGGGAGGAAACCUGGUCAUCACCAACCCAGAUAAGAGCAAGCAUGCUGGGAAAUAUGUGUGUGUGGCCAAGAACGUCUACGGCACUGUCAUCAGCAAAGAGGCCACCGUCAAAUUUGGAUACCUGAACCAGUUCCCUACAGAUGAGAGAGAGCCGGUGAAUGUUAAGGAGGGACAGGGAGCCGUCCUGCUGUGUUCUCCUCCCUCUCGCUAUCCAAGUGAAGUGAUGUUCCGCUGGAUCUACAAUGACUUCCCCAACUUCAUCAUCCCAGACCAGAGGCGUUUCGUGUCUCAGACCACUGGGAAUCUGUACAUCGCCAAAGUCGAGGCAUCCGAUGUUGGGAAUUAUUCUUGUUUUGUGUCAAGUCCCACCAUCGGCAAGAGCGUUUUCAGCAUGCCGAUUUCUCUGAUUCCACAAAUAGAAAAGGAGGUGAAGCGGUAUCCUGCUGAUAUCCGUGUGAAAUUUCCCAAGACUUAUGCUUUGGUGGCACAGAACAUCACUCUUGAGUGCUUUGCCCUUGGAAAUCCGCUCCCACACAUUCGCUGGAGGAAGUUAGACGCUGAUCUCCCACCCAACUAUGAGGUCAGCAUGAAUGGAGCUUUACUGCAUCUGAUUAAUGUUCAGUACGAGGACGAGGGCAGCUAUGAGUGUGAGACGCUCAAUGUUAAGGGGAUGGACUGGUAUCGACAGUGGCUCUAUGUGGAAGGUGCUCCAGAGUGGGCGGAGCACAUCAAUGACACAGAAAAAGAUGUUGGUAGUGAACUCACUCUCAGAUGUGUCGCCGUAGGGAAGCCCCAACCAUGGAUACGCUGGCUGAAGGAUGGCUAUUCGUAUGGCAAAGGAGAGCUGAAAUUCUCCAGCCUCACAUUUGAGGAUUCAGGCAUGUAUCAGUGCAUUGCUGAGAAUGAAUGGGGGACCAUCUAUGCCAGCGCAGAGCUUCGGGUCGUCUCCUGUGCACCAACGUUCAUUUAUAAUCCAGUGAAGAAGGUUCUGCUAGGGGCUGAAAAUGGACGUGUGGUCAUUGAAUGCAAACCCCGUGCUGCUCCUAAACCCAAGUUCAUCUGGAAACGAGGCUCAGAGCUGCUGACCAACUCUUCAAGGAUGUUAAUUUGGGAUGAUGGAAGUCUGGAGAUUCUGAAUGCAACAAAAAGUGACGAGGGCUCGUACACCUGCUACGCUGAGAAUGACCGCGGCAAAUCCAACAGCACAGGGACCCUCACUAUCACUGAGGCCACCAAGAUUACCGUGGCUCCAUCAGACACUGAGGCGGUUGUAGGUGACAGUAGAAUUCUCCAGUGCUCGGCAUCAUAUGACCCCAGCCUGGACAUCACCUUCAUCUGGACUGUCGAUUCCUACGAAAUCAACUUCUUCGCGGACUUUGAACACUACGAGCAGCUCAUGGGUAAUGAGCACAGUGGAGACCUGCUGAUCAAGAAUAUUCAGGUGAGGCAUGCAGGACACUAUAUCUGCACAGCUCAGACUAUAGUGGACAACGCCACCGCCGAAGCUGAUGUUUUUGUCAAAGGCUUGCCUGGUCCUCCGGGUGGCAUUCGCGUGGAAGAGAUUGGAGACACGUCAGUAAAACUACGAUGGUGUCUGGGAUCAGACCAUGGUAGUCCCCUCAUCCAGCAUGUUGUACAAACACGAGACUUUUACGCCCUGGAUCCAGAGGACUGGAAAACUGCAUCCACUUCUCCUGUGUUUUUGGAUGGAUCUACGGAUUCAGCAACAGUUGUUGACCUUUACCCCUGGAUGCAAUAUGAAUUCCGUGUGUAUGCCAUCAAUGAAUUUGGAGCUGGGGAAAACAGCCGCCCGUCCAUUAAAAUCAAGACAUGGGAUGCCAGGCCUACAGUAGCUCCUUCUGACGUCUUUGGUCAAGUAGGAAUAAGUGGCGAGCUAAUUGUGACCUGGACUCCUGUGAAACCUCAGUUCUUCUUCGGUAAAAAAUUUGGCUACGUUGUGGCGUUCAAGCCACAUGAGGAUUAUGAGUGGAAAUGGACGACCGUGGAGGAUCCUGAGACGAGACGGUAUGUUUACAAAGAGAGCAUGACCCCAGACACAGAAAUACAGGUCAAAGUGAACACCUACAACAACAAAGGAGAAGGACCCUCAAGUCUUAUAUCAGUGGUCUACUCGCCACGCCAAGCACCGACUGAAGCUCCAUUAGACGUCUACGCCCGUCAGGUCACCUCUACAGAGGCUUUGGUCUGGUGGUUACCGGUCUAUCAGGCGCCGCCAAACUGGGUUGAUGGAUACCAGAUUCGUUACUGGAGAAAGUACGAUGAUAAUGAGGCUGCUGCCUCUCGAGUCAUUGUUCAUAGAAUGAUUAACCAAACUCGCCUGGAGAACAUGCGGCCUGACUCUCACUACCUUAUAGAGGUUCGAGCGUUCAACGGAGCUGGGCUCGGGCCGCCCAGUGAGCACUGUGAAAUGUUCACCAGGAGACCCCCUCCAAGUCGUCGUUUGAGAGUAUACAAAUAUGUGAGCUUUACACGUAAAUGGCUCUAUCUGUAUUGGGAUCACAUCUAUAAUUACUGGAAUGAGUCCUAUGUGGAGGGUUACAAGAUUUUGUUCCGGAAGGAAGGAGAGCGUUAUGGGAAGCUUUACACCACCGGCAGGCACUACAUCGACUUCCCCAUGCCAGAGACCGGCGAUUACGUCAUAGAGGUCCGAGCCCGCUGUGAGGGAGGUGAUGGACCCAUAUCACAGAUCAGAGUACAAGGUAAAGCGGCUCUGAGUGCUGACUCUCUCAGCGUCGCCUCUGUCUUGCUGUUGGCUCUGGGCUGGAUGAAUUUAGGCCUGUAGGCAAAUAAGAAGACUGUCAAAACUUUGGCAAAGUCGACUUCUGAGAAACAAUCCUAAUAUAGUCUGAGUGCAUUUCCUCACAGGGAAGGUUUUCAUGGUGCAGAUAAAGUUUGUUUGGGAGUGUAAAAUAUAAAAUAAAGUUUGUAUUUAUCUCUUGAUUUGCCUUACAAAAUGCCCACAAUCAACUAAUGAAAUGGUGUUGUAAAAUAAGUAAUAUAUAGUAUCAGGAUAUUUUUUUUGAUGACUUUCCAUCAAUUAUUAAAAAAUGAGACAUAUGUAUUUACUACAGAAUAUGCUUUGUAAGUCAUUUUUUUUCAUGUCAUCAGCUGUGAUUUUCAUAGAAAUGUUUGAACUUCAGUUGUUUGUUUUUACACUUGUUUGCCCACAUUUAAUUUGCGUUUCAUGUUUACAAAUCUAUUUUUGUCACUGUGUUUGAUUUUAAAGUGACUUUCUUAGUAUCUUCCUACUAUUUUGCUAAAAAUGUACACUGCAAUUUUCAUCUGUAUAUCAGUAAACAUCAAAAACAUGAAACAAAUUACUUUUCUUUUGUCUUCCUACCAAGCUUUCAUCUCAGAAAUGGCAUUGAAACCACCAGUUACAGUAUAUUUCCCUGUUAAAAU